CCGCAGCAUUGCUACGUGUACUCAGACGGGGGUCGUAUGUACUCACUUGCUCAGCCAAUAUCUGCCGGUUUUGGAUUGCAUUGUUCCGCAUUAACAAGAAGGCAUCGGUCAGUCGCCUAGUGGCCAUGACUGCCUUUGUUACAGAUCGAAAUUAACUCUGGACUAAAUGCAGAUCAGGCGACGAGUUGUUAAGUUAUAGCCAAUGCCGCUGACCCGCAGCUAUCACACCGCCAGCUUUAGCUUUAGCUUAGCUUACGAUGAAUGAUUAGGGAGACUCGCGAUACAACGUCUACGAUGGGCGGCAAACGAAUUAAUCGAUAUUUAUCUGUCAAGCAUCGCCAAUGCUUUUGAAAGAAACGUGAAACAUGAUCGAGUAUCUCCCCACAAAUUCUUGGAUUCAGUGGUAGGUGGAUAAUGUUACUCCGCUCUGUGUGGCUACGGAAGUACGAAAACGUAAACACCUGCGUAGACUUCUAUUUUCUUCUUCUACGACUCAUUUACUGCAACUGGAGCUUGUUUUCGCCACCUAUCAUGGCGGGAGGGUACACGUCUUCUUUUUCUUUUUCUUUUUGGCGGUUGGCAAACCAGCUAAAAGGUGCAUUACUACGCCAACUACUGAACUGGAGUGUGGUUCUGGAUUUAGGCAGUUGUAUUUAAAUUCUGUGAAAUAAAUUUCUCUCUUUAAGAAAGAAUAGAAUCAAUUUGUUUGCCUGCUGUAACUUUGCUCCAAGUAUGCUUUCUAGUGUAAAGCUUAUAUACUUCUCUUUGAGUGAAUCCCUAAAUCUUUCUCUCUCCUGUGAAUAUAGGUUGCAGUCCAUAAUACAAUGUUGUAGUGUUUCUGGUUUAUUGCAGUCAGAACACAGUCCUGUUGGGUGUUUGCCUAUCAUAGAGUGUGCGGUUUAAUCCUCUGUGUCCUAUUCUGAGUCGUGUGAUUAUGCUUUCUUCUUUUCGAAUGGUGAAUGUUUUCCUUUCAUCUUCAACCUGUUGCUGAAUAUUGUAUUGGUGUCUUCCUGUAUCGCUGAUAUUCUGAUGUUCCUGCCCUGUAGAUUGUGCGUAUUUUGUAAUGAAUGAUUUGGCUUUACUUUUGCUUAUUGGAAUUUGCAUUUAGGGUCGACUUCUUUUUCUUCUUCUAAAAAAAAUUCUGGCAGGUUGUACGCAAGGUGCGUAAUGCUGGGAGGGUAGGCCCUAAUAGGAACAUGUAUUUAAUGAUAUAAAAGUGAUAUAGCAACUGUCAAAUAUUCUCCCCAUAUUUUAUGGUUCGAACUGUCUGAAGCUGCAGUAGAGGUCUAUUUUUAGUCACUAGCCCUCCACAUGAUUAUACCCUAGCUUUCUUGCCACAUUUUUACUGAUUUACUUAGUCUUGAAAGUAGACAGUUAACUUUUUUGUUGUUGUUUCUCUCAUUUUAGUUUUAUAUGCAUUGUACAGCUUUUCAAAUGAGGUAUGAGUAACAUUGAACACACCAUCCGUUAGGUACAGUGGCCGAGAACCACCACUGCUGCAAAUAAAAAAGACUGCAAAAAAAGAAACCGCAACAGAAGUUACUGAUGCAAAAAAAAGAAACAAAGCCCAUUGCAAAUAAAAAAAGAAAUGGUGAAGAUUAAAAAAAGCCACAAGGGAAGUCAACAAUGCAAAAAAAAAGUGGCGAUGCAAAAACACGAAAAAAAAAAAAACACAACUUAAAUAAAACAAAAAUAAAAGGAUCCAAAUCUUUAAAAAAGUCACAAUGGAAGUGAGCUGCCGGGGGCCAAUAAUGAUGACGCACCAGGGUUUUACAAUCUAGUUUUAUCUAGUAAAUAACUUUAUUUUUGCAACACCUCUUUUUUUGUAUCAUUAACUUCCGUUGUGGCUUUUUUAAAAAUCUGCACUGUUUCUUUUUUUAUUUGCAGCCGACUUCAGUUUCUUUUUUUUUCAUCAGUAACUUUCAUUGUGACUUCUUUUUUUUUUUUGCAUUCUUUUUUAUUUGAAGCAGUGGCGGUUCUCGGCCACCGUAGUAAGGCUAUUUGCUUUUUACUUAUUAUACCUUUUAAUUUCUGGGCAGACAUGACAGAAACACUGAGUCACUAUACCUUUAAAUUUGACUUUUGACCUGACAACCAGCACUUCAGUUGCAAUCAGUGAAAUGUGUUUACUCUCAUUGCUCCAGCAUAUCUUAUCUAGGUCAGUUUGAUUUCUAUGUCCUCUUAUGUUUCUUGUUCAGAUUAGGGUUUAAGUCUGGCUUAAUUAAAAUCUACUCUCCAAAAGUCCAACAAAUGCUUUUCUAAGCAUAUUUUUGACUCAAGAUGUGAUAGUUUAUCGACACAGUUCACACAUUUAGAAUUAGAAACAAUUAAAGUUUUUACACCCAGUAUUACGUCAAUGAAGCUGAUGUGAAGAGGCUAUCAUAAAUCACACAGGUGCGUGUGUUUAUCACGUUGUACGUGUUUAGAGGUGGUGCCACUCACUGUAAUUAUGUGGCUCAAAGCUCCUCCUCCGCCCACUCUUAAUCCCUUAUAUCCGCUAAUACAGCGCGGCAGACAUUUCCACAGAGGCACAAGCUGCCGUCAACCAACAUCCAAAAGUCACAUGCUGUGGAGCUACAUGGUCGGGACAAUUUAAUAUUUACCCCCCAGCGAAGGACUGUGGAGAGUUAAAAAGGUAAGACUGGGUACACCCCCUACUCCUGCCUGCCUGUCUGAAUGAAUGAAUGAAUGAAUGAACACCUGUGCGACUCCGAGAGAAAGUGCUGCUGUCAGGCAAACAAGUAUCACAUCAUAACCCGGCAUGGUACUGCUCUUUUCAAAGGAGUUGUCUCAAAAAAGGUUCUUAUUUGGGUUGAUGAGUUUUUGUUUGUAUGUUUGUUUGUUUUAGAUAUAAGCCUUGAGUUUGAGUAAAGGUUAGGUAUAGCUUCAUCCAGUUUAAGUUUUCUCAAUCACUGCACCCUCAAUGACAGGUAGGCCCACUUUAUUUUGUUUGUUCUCUGCUACUACCACUUUUCUCUAUUUGAUGCUGGCACACCUAUUGUAACCUGCAGUAACUUGUGUAGUGUAUGGGAAGCUAUAGAUUCCUGGUGUUGUUGUAAACAUAAAAUGUCCUCUCUUAAUGUGGCAAGUAUAGGUUUAAUUUCCAACAGAGACUGUGUUGAUGUAGUGGAGAAAUCCCAGCCGGUCUAGAUAUCAUGACCCAGACACUGUGAUUGAUCAGUGCCCACAGAGAGAGGAGUGUUUCAUUCACUAAUAGCAUGAGCAAUCCAAAGAAUGGAGGCAAACCAGUUGUGAGUCACUGCCAAAAUACUGAAUGACAAAAACGCUGUUGCUAAAAGACUAUGUCCUAGUUUGUGCACCUUCUCCUGAGGUGAGUGUCUUAUCCUGUCGUUGUUCUCCUCUCUGUCCUCUUUGACUCUGCUGUCCCAGUUAUCACUUUGGUCACUCAGCCGAUCAGUAUGGCCUCCUCCGAUGAUACUGAAACAUCUCUGACUCCUGUGGAUUUUAUUCAGCUGCAGCAUUACAUGGAAUGUAAGUCUCACCCUCUCACUUAACGUAUUUUAGCUAUUGUGACAUUACUGGUCGUUAAAUGUGGUAUGUGAAACAAAAAGGUCAGCUGGGGUGAUGUUUUUCUGAAGCUCAUCCUGUCCCUGUUAAGGGGGACCUUUAUAUCCAAUCAGGACUGAGUACUUUGAUCAUUUAUAGGAACAUUACCAAGAACAUUAACUCAGGUGCCACACUCCAGUUCAGUUUUGAGACACCUUUACCUUUCUCCUGUGUUAGCUUUUACUAAGGGUCGGUUUUGACCCGUGUCUUAGAUCAGCUGUAAAUUACACUAAAAACAAUUUUCUAUCUUCCAAAUUGGUUCUCAUCUCUAGGUUACCUUGUUAGGCUUCAUUAUCCAUGAAAUUAUUGUUUAUAAUAGUUUUUGUUGUGGACCUCUGGGCCUUUCUUUGUCAGUAUACCCCUCACAAAAACAUCUAUACUAAACUGAUCUCAUAUGUCUGGACAUGUCCAUUGUUGUUUUUUGUGCAGUGAGACAUGGCAAAAUGAGAAUUUCCUAAAUCUCACAUGAUUGGGAAGUGAUAGUCACAGUUAUACAAACAUAAUGCCAGGGAAACAAAUAGGGGGUUCAAUAUCAGGGCUUUGACUGUGGUUGCUUUUCUGCAAGCUGAUGGAUCACUGCUUUACUUUCGUUUUACUUCCUAAAACUCUCCAGUGGAAAUGUGAGCAGCAGAACUCUGUAAUAAUAGACACCAGCAACUUGCUAAGAAAGUUUAAGACUCAGACAGUGUUUCAUUGAAGGAUCAUUUAACAUCAACUCACAACACCCCUAAAAUAAAAGUAUAUUUUUACACUGGGUGUUUUAAGCCAUCACAGGUUUUGAUGGACGUGCUGAUAGGAAAAAUUAAGUAUAAAGAUGAGGCUAAAAAUAUUCCUGUGUACUCUCAGAGGCUUUCAAAUGAAGUGGGUGUGUAGGCUUUCAGUGUUGGGGGGGAGACUUUGCUGGAUAAUGGAGUGCUACAUAAUUACACCUGCAACUCACUGGACCUGAGAGACCUAAAUAUAUGGCUGUGUGUUUCUGCUGAGAGCAGGGAGCAGACAUAACUUCAGAUACACACUGUACUUUUAUGUCCACUGUUAGUGAUGUUUGUGUCCCAAUUCAGCACUAAACAUGCUCAAAAUAAGGCCCCUGAGCAGAUGAUGAAAAUCUGAAUGAGUUACCAGCUUUCCUGUUUUUGUUGUUGGUUUGUCGUCUUUAUAAACCUUCUGGUUCCUCUGCAGACAGCAGUUUGCGGGUGAAAGAUGUGAUAAAAGAGUUUCGUCCAGGAGGUCAACUGGCCCAACACACCUUUGGGGAGGUAUGUUUUUCCUGAAUGGGAUUUAUGAGGCAAAAUGUAAUUUAACAAAAAACAGACAUUCAGAGCAUUUCCUGUAAAGAAAAAAAAAAUCCCUAAAAUAAUAAAAUAUAAUAUCAACCAGAUUUUUUCCCAAUUUAUUUUAUGAACAAGCUUAUUUUAUGUGACCAACGACAACUUUAUUCCUUUUUUAUAUAACUAGUUAUAAAUCACAGUUUGCAAAAAUGACUUGGGAUUCAAUUUAGUUUUUCGAAAAGUAUCCUUAAAUCAUCCAUGAACGCCAUCAUGAGUAUAGAUAUUGCAAUAUCACAUGGUUUCAGCCUUUCAGAGUCCUCUAAUAAAGACUUUCUUUUUCUCUCUACAGUGCGUGGAUGCAGUGGGCUUCUGUCUUUUUCUGAAGACCUACCUGGAAGUGGAUGACUUACCUGCACAUUUCUGCCAGCGUCUUUUCCUUUAUUUUCAGCAUGUAGAGCAUGAUGUGUCCGCAAAAAGCCCCCAGCCCAAAGCAGGUACAUUAUUUUGCAGUUCAAACUUUUUUUAAUGUACCAGCACAGGGCAGAUGUUUAAAGGUAGAAACUGCUCUGUUGUCAGGUUCAUGCACAAAAAACUUGAUUGCUAAACAGUGUUACUAAGUGUUUUUUUUCUGUUCGCCACUUUGUCUUUUUUUCGUCUGUAAGUCCUGCGUCACAGGAAUGGGGCCCUAGCCUCGGAGAUGAGUGCAACUCUUUCAAAAAAACAUUAAAUUGAGGAUUCAUGAGUGUUUUUUUUUUUUUUACUAUUUCUUAAUCUUCAGGUGGGGUGUUUCUCCGGGAUGUGUCCUGUUACUUCUCAGUGCUCGAGGAGGGACAACCACGAGAGAAACUUGAAUGUGGGUGUUAUCUUUUUUUUUUUGAGCAUUUUGUGACAUGUUUUUUUUUACAUGGUAACUGUUUCUAAUAAACCUUGAACACGUAUAAAUUACUAGGAUGAAAAUGCUGCCUGAUAACUGCAUGACUGUUUUUUCUUUCUAGUUACUUUCAAACUUUACGACAAAGAUUCCAAUAAGCUCCUGGACUGUUCUGUAAGUUACUUUUAAAUCUCUUUAAGUUCUUUCUCCAGUUACAUUUAAAGGGAUAUUCCGGCAUAAAAUAAAUUUAUGGUCAAACACACUGUAACUCUGAGUUAGACACCCUCUCGAGAGAUGAAUGUUGCAGACCGCUUGCUUCUCUAGAUUUACCAACUUUAGUAAUGACCGCGCGAUAGCAAUACACAGUGGUCUGAGUAGCCAUACACAGACCUCAACCAAAACGCCACUCUAUAACCACAAAUAAUGCUCAGAACAUUACCUAACUUCAUCAACAGUACAUAUAGGGUCCCAGCCAUAGUACCAGCCACCAAACAUCCUUGUAGCUCUGCCUAAUUUAACUAAAGAGACUAAACACAACUCACCUACUCUCUUCCAGCAACUCCUUGUUUGUAGCAAAACCUCAGGCCAGUCCAUUACGGACUGCUGUGGGGUGACGCUGCUCAAGGAAGAACAUUUAUGAUCAUUACUUCAUGGAAAUACAAUCAGACCAAGACGCUAAACCAGAAGAACUACAGCGCCUGCAGUGCAAAAUGAUUAAUAUGGUGAUUGUUACUUCAAGGAAAUGAUAAAGUAAUGAUCAUAAAUGUUCUUCCUUGAGCUGCGUCCCCCCGUGUUACAGUGUGUUUUACCCUAAAUUAAUUUUACGCUGGAAUAUCCUUUUUAACUUUGUUGAAUUGUGUACCCACUUUAACUGAGUUUUAAAUUAAGAAAAAUAAGGUUACAUCUAAACCAGCUGAGAGUAUAAUCUUUGUACUCUGUCCUUAAGGAGGUGGAUCGUAUCAUAACCCAGAUGGUUCGGGCGGCUAACUACCUGGGCUGGGAUGUGACUGAACUCAGACCAGUAUGACUGACAAGUCUCACUUUUAUGGCUUUUUACAGUUAUUUACACUGCAUGUUUUUGUUUGUGCUAUACUGACAUCGUUUGCUUGCUUGUUCAUUAUAAGAGUGAUGUCACUGGUGUAAGAAGAUACUAAGAAUGAGUUCUUGUUUUGAACAGGUACUAAAGGAGAUGAUGACAGCCAUCGAUGCGGAUGGCAGUGGAACCGUCACUCUGGAGGAGUGGGUGAAAGGCGGCAUGAAUAAUGUGCCUUUACUUGUCCUGCUUGGGCUGAAGGUGACUCAGCAAAGCAUUUGAAUCUUUUUUAAUUCACUGCACUAUAAUUUAUGAUCUGUUGCAUUCAUGUUCUUUUAUAAAACAAACCAACUGCACCUCAGUGGACAACACAUAUAGUUUUCGAUUUGAACUUUUGUUGCCUCCUCUCCCACAGGUGACAGAGAGGGACGGGCAGCACAUUUGGAGGAUGAAGCACUUUAACAAGCCGACAUACUGCAGCGUGUGUCAGGGCAUGCUGCUGGGCCUCGGAAAGCAGGGACUCUGCUGCACCUGUAAGAGCUCACAGCAGCCAGCAGGGGGUAGCCAAGCACCGCACAUAGGGCAAAUGAUGCUAGAGGGGUCUUUUUAAAAUAGGUGUCUGUUGUUUUGGUGUGACCACAACUUGCACUGAACAGAACUUUAUCUAUUACAACUAAGGAAAACUAAGGAGAAAUGUGGUCAUCUUAACUUGAAUGUUUUUGUUUUGCAGGCUGCAAGUAUACUGUCCACAGUCACUGUGCCAACAAGAAUCCUGAACCCUGCGCUCGAACCUUUGUCAAAUCUAAGAAGGAUAUUGGUGUAAGAAACACACUUUUCGAACAAGUCUUCCAGUCCUUACUAGUUUCUGCCAUAUUUGGUGUUUGUGGUUUUUCAAUCUUUUUAAAAACAGUUUAUGCGACAGUUGACAAAUCUGAGGAUAUAGAUUUUUUGUUAAAGACUAUAAACCUCUUAAUUAAACAAAAGCAAAGUCUAAAACAAAUAAGAUAUUAGUUCAUGCAAUGCCUUUUAACAUCCCGGCUGUUUUCAUCCAACGUUUUCAAGGAUGAAUUAAAUGUAACUUUUAAAAACAUGUUAAAAGUAUUCAAAUUUAUUUCUAGACAAGCUUUGUACGGGUACUCAAAAAGAAGUAAAAAUUGCAUUUGCUGGGUCAUUUAGGGCUUUUUAAGUCAGUGUUUGAAUGGCCAUGUUUCUUAUUUUUAGAAAGAAUAAUUAAAAAAAAGAAACAAAAACAGGUCAUACAAUGCAUUAACAUGACUCCUAUAUGAAAUGUUUGUAUCUUUACGCCAACACGUCAUGUUAAAACAUUGAUUCUCCUCUCAAUAAAAAAACACAAAUGUGACAGGCAGCAACAUUUAAAGGAUGAAUAACUGAGGUUGGUGCAGCCUGUCAGUGUUUUUUCAGCGAUGGAUUACAUCCGGCACAGUCUGCUCUGUACAUCUGUUAAGUGUCCUAAUUUUGCGUGAGCUUGGACAAUGAUCCAUUUGCUGGUGCAGAAUCUGAAAAUAUAAGCCUCCAUUUGAAUUGCCUUGAAUAAACCAUAUCAGCAAACUGGGCAAAUUAAAAACUGGUUAAUUGUGCAGGGGUAUAUGAUCUUUGACAUUUGCUGAUCUUCCAUUUAUUGAAUAUUCAAAAUGAAAGAAGUGAAUGUGGUGAAUGAAACCUUUUCCUCAUCGCUUUUUGUUUACUCAUUUGUGUCUCAGGUGGCAUCUCAUGACUGGAUCCGAGCUGACUGUAACUCCACCAAGUGUCAGGUCUGCCAUAAGAAGAUAAAAACUUUAGCAGGGAGACGUUGUGUGUGGUGCCAGGAGAUGGUAAGGAAUGUUUUUUUUUAGUGCUUUUGAAUGAGGAGGAUGCCUGUUUUUCUGCUCACCAAUGUUUGUUUCUUUUUCAGCGUCAUGAUGAGUGUCUUCUCUCCGGCUCACCAACCUGUGACUGUGGACUGCUGAAAGAUCAUAUUCUGCCUCCAUGGGCUAUAUACUCUGUCUCGAAGGUGAAAAUGAGCAGCAGUGAUGAAAACAUUCAUGCUUAAGAAUUUAACAUCAUUUUAAAGUAACUGUUUCUGCGUCGAUUACUCGUUCUGCAGGAGGAGGACACCAGCUUGUUAAAUGUCACCCCUGAUGGACACGUCUUGCAGGUGCUGUUACCACAUUCUCUCAACUUUUUAAAUACAGAAAAAUUUUAAACACUUGCAUCCAGUUAGAAAUAUAUUAAUCUAUCUAUCUUUCAUGGCAAUUCUAGCAUUUUAUCAACAUUUUGAAACAAAAAUGGCAAGUAUUUUUAUUCUAAAAAGGGAGCUUCUUUUAAAAAGAGCUGUGUUUUCUUUAUUUAGCAGCAGCAGAUGUUUGAAUAAUGCCUCCUCAAAGACUCUGCCUGACUCACCGCUUGUGUCUCUAUAUCCUUACAUAUGUAUUUCCAAUGAGUUACAUGAAAUACAAGAUCUUAAUCUGCUGUGUUUUUUCUUCAGAUUCUUCCAAUUCCAGACACCCACCCACUGCUGGUGUUUGUGAACCCAAAAAGUGGAGGAAAACAGGGUGAACGGUAGGCGAUAUAAAAAGAUGGAUACAGUAUAUAGUGUCUUUUGCCACAAAUGAAAAAGUUCUCUUACUUGGGAGAAACAUUCAUUUUCACUUUGAUUUGUGUUUUAUCACAGAGUGCUCAGGAAGUUUCAGUACCUGCUGAACCCUCGUCAGGUGUACAACCUGUCCAAUGGAGGUCCAGCACCAGGGUAGAGUAUAUUUCCACUGCUUUAAGACUCACUGUCAGACUUAAUUGACUUUCUUCACAUCACUGUUGUCUUUGUCUUUUUUAGACUCCACUUCUUCCGCAAUCUGCAUGAGUACAGGAUCCUGGUGUGUGGAGGAGACGGCACUGUUGGGUGGCUUCUGGAUGCUAUAGGUGCUCUAGAUCCCUUUAGGUUUCAGAAAGGAAAUGCAGUAAAUGAUCUCUAAGGCUGAAUAUUUUCCCUGUGAUUUCAGACAAAGCAGACCUGCAGGUGCAUCCUCCUGUAGCUGUCCUGCCUCUGGGCACUGGGAAUGACCUGGCUCGCUGUCUGCGCUGGGGAGGAGGUAAAACCAGCUCAUCAAACUUUAUUACACUCAUCUGUAAACAUGCUGUAAACUAUUAAAAGCUUUUUAAUGAUCCCUUGAUAGGCUAUGAGGGCUCAGACUUGAGAGAGAUCCUGAAGGAGAUAGAAAAUAGCGAGUUGAUUGCUAUGGACCGCUGGAGCAUCCAGGUCAUACCAGAAGACCCCCAGGAGGCCGGAGACCCUGUGCCCUAUGAGAUCAUCAACAACUACUUUUCUAUUGGAGUGGUGAGUUGAAGUAAAACCUCAGCUGAUUUUUGAUUGAGGGUACGAAAACAUUUAUGGUAUUUCCCAUACAGAGACAUGAGUAUUUUGUCCUAACUAUGACUUACUGUGAUUUUGAUGUCUGUCCCUGUGAGCAGGACGCCUCGAUUGCUCAUCGUUUCCACUCCAUGAGAGAGAAACAUCCCCAAAGAUUCAAUAGCAGGUAUUAAUUCAAACAAAUUGUAUAAAUAAAGAGUAAAAAGUUAUAUUUUUGAUCAGUUGAGCUCUUCUUGUUUUUCAGAAUGAAGAACAAACUUUGGUAUUUUGAGUUUGCGACCUCUGAGACCCUCUCGUCUUCCUGCAAGAAGCUGGGAGACUGUCUCAUAAUUGAGGUUAGAAUGUCUAACACAGUCAAGUAGCUGAUAUAUCAAAACUCAGCCUGUGUACUCAGAAGAUCAUUGCUUCCUCCAGUGCUGCGGGAGACCACUGGAAUUGGGUAGCAUGCCUCUAGAGGGCAUAGCUGUACUUAACAUACCCAGCAUACACGGCGGCUCCAACCUGUGGGGAGAGUCCAAGAAGUCUGAUAGUGUGCCAGAGGUGGAGCAUAGUGAUGUUAUCUCUGACCCUGACCUUCUUAAAACUAUCCCACAAGGUGAGGCCAAGCAGGCUGUAUUUCUUUAUUUUAUUUCUAUGCUCAGCACUCAUCUAUAGUUUCUAAAAUAUCUCAUCUGUCUGUCAUCAACUUGGCUGUUUAUCAUACCUCUGUAAGCUUUGAAAAACUCUUUUAACUUGAUCUCUCUCUCUGUCACUCUUUCUCUCUCUCGCUGUCUCUGUCUCUUUCUCUCUGUGUACGUAAUGUUACUCCUCAGAUAUGAGUGACAAGCGUUUGGAGGUUGUGGGGCUAGAGGGAGUCAUAGAGAUGGGACAGAUCUACACUGGACUGAAGAGUGCCGGACACAGAUUGGCACAGACUUCCCAAAUUACUAUCAGGUAUGCACUUCUACCCACAAAAUAUAAAAAAUGAAGAAUAUAAUGAAGUCGAAUAUGAUCCUGGAUUGCAUCCUAUGAAGUAACCCCUUGUAUUGUCAGCCUCUAUGUGCACAGGCAUGUGUUGAACAGGCAUGCAAUAUGUUCAUACAUGGUAAAAAUGGUGCAUUAUAGCUCUUCCCUGUUUGCAGAACAAGCAAAGCCCUGCCCAUGCAAAUUGAUGGGGAGCCGUGGAUGCAGCCUCCUUGUACUGUAAGUAUAAAUGACCAAAAAACUUAAAGGAAACUGUCAAAAUAAAAACGUGACAUAAUCAAUGAUAAAAAAAAAACAAAACGUCACAUUGACUUGUAAUAUCCUUAGCCUGACAAGAGCAAUAAGGGCUUUUGUUUAACUAAGUGUAGACAUGAUAGUUUUUUGACUUAAUUGACAUUUUUAUAUAUCUUAUGAAUCACUUAAGUACGCUUAUUUUUGCACAGAGUAAAAGAUUUUUGAGUAUAUGAAAAUGCCAUUAUCACUUAUGGAAUUGUUUUUUAUGCAUCGUAGAUCCACAUAACUCACAAGAACCAAGCAAACAUGCUGAUGGCUGCACCAGCUAAACCGUCUGGCUUCUUCCAUCUCAAAUAGAAUAGCAGUUCCUCAAACCAGCCUGCUGAGUGUUAACAGACCACGUGCUGUAUUAUUGUCAAAAUGCCAAAGGAUGAGGGUUAAAAACAAGAAUUAAUUGUCCAGUGUUUAUCUCUGUGUUUAUUUUAUGAAGUAUUACUGUGUUUGUCUUUUGCUUUAAACCUCUAGUGUAUUUAAAGAAUAUUGCAGACAGCUUGCACUCAAGCAGAGACCGCACUGACAGAACAAAAAGUGACAAUUUUACUCCUCAGUCUCAUUGCUGCUAUUGUGCCAAUCAAAAUGUGAUGAAUCCAUGUUGUUUGUGGUUGGAAAUAAAAAAAAAAAAGCAAAACAAAUUGCUGUUUAUGCUGCACACAGAUGAGAAGACGCUGCAUUUUAUCUUUGUCAUGAUAGUUUUAAAUUUUGUUUAGUCCUGCUUGCAGAUGUGUUUUGUUAAGUCAGUGUGUACUUCAUAACACAGUGAAAAAAAUGACCUGGCUUUCAUCAGCCUGCAGAAUUUAUGGCAGCUCCCCCCUAUGACUUCACUGUCUAACUUAUCUAUCCCUAUGCCGUUUACUUUCAGUGUUUUCUAAUGGAAAGAAACUUAAUCAUGUGUUUGUGUGUUCACAGUUACAUAGGGAUGUAGUUUUAAACAGCUGCUUUAGUUUUCAAUCCAUUAGCCAGACUUUAUUUUUAUAGCACUUAUCAUACAACUAAGUGUAGCCAGUGGUUUACAUAAAUAGAAAAUCAAUAAAGACAAGCACAUAAUACAAAAAUACAUGAUGUUGAACUCAACAAAAUGGCAGCUGAGGAGCUGAGAAAAUCAUGAUUUUAAUAUAGUAUUAUAGUACUAUAGUAUUUUAAUACUCUGAGGUUCAAAUAUUAAAACCACAAAUAGCAAUUAAAGAUCUUUAACUAAAGACCUGAGGGCUCUCAUGGGCUCAUAAGUAUAGAGCAAAUCUGAUAAAUAAGCUGGAGGAAGACUAGAGCAGCUGAGCUGAGAAAUGUUCUUUUUCUAGGUGAACAGAAACAAGGGCACUAGAGUUAUAAAUAUAUAAAUAAAUAUGGCAAGUGAUAAAAACAUGAAUGAGAGUCUCUGCGAUGGGAUGAGGAAGAUAAUGCUUGCAAUGAUUUUUUAGUUUAAAAAUAGCAUUGUUUUUUCUUUUGUAUGAUGUUCAAAACAGGUUUUGAUCAAACAUCACUCCUGCUUAUUUAAAAGCCUGUAGCUUCUUUCUCUCUCUCUCAGAGAGUCAGCACUAAUGAUUAGUCCUGAUCUUUGUCCUGGUUGAGCUGGACAACCGGAACAUGUGGUAAACCAUGACUACCUGUUAUAUUAUAUUAUUUUAGCUGAAAAAUACAGCUAAAAAGAUAUCAGUUGACUCUGGGACAUUGGGAGACACAACAAUGUAGAGAUGCACGUCUUUCCCUCUAACACUGAAAAAGAUAAUUGUAAAAUAGCUCAAUGUUGUAUUUAAUAUAUUUAACGCACUGGAGAAGAGUGUAUAGUUAGCACUAUCACUCUUUGUAACAUAUUUCUCCCAUUUCUCAGGUCUCUUAAAAUCUAAGUAGACAGAAACCCAAGGAAUGUAGUGAAGUUACACAAAUCACUUGGUCCCUUCGUGCACGACAUUUUGUGGCUGAAAAAAAAUGGGAAAUAGAUGCUGAGGUCAGCUUUUAUUCCCAGUGAUGAGCAUCUUUAAUCUUGAGGAGACUACUUUUGUUGUGUUUCCAUUGUACUAACUGUAAAUACAUUUAAUACGCUGUAUGAUCAUUAAACAAGAAUUGUGCCGUUGUCCUCUUGCAUGUGUGUCCUUAAUAGUAUUAUAAACUUAUGGGGCUCAUUGAUAAAAGUCACAUCACUACAUUUCAAGAAUGAAAUCCUCAGGCAGAUCACCAUUUAUUUCCCCAGAUCUGGGAGGUCAGUUUCACCUCAGAUUUUUUCUUAAAAAGUGGUUUUACAGCUUGCUUUUGUCUUCUGAUAACAGACUGAUUAAAUAUUAUAUUUAGGGCUGUUUGAAAGCUGUAAGUGCUGUAGAAUGAGAAAAACUUGACCCAUAAUGCUUCACAACAUUUAUUGUGAGAAAAAAAUCGUCAUUCCUUACUCAUUCACCUGUAUAAGACUUGUUUUACAAAUUGUAUAUCAAUAAAACCCACCCUGCGUUACAGUAAAA